AUGUUUUCUCAGUCGGCUGAGACUAUUGCAGCAAGAAAAGCGCCAGACACAAAAUGGACAGUUAAAAAGGAGGACCAGCCCACGGAGGAAGCACUUAAACCAACAGAACAUGAGUCUUUUGUUAAGGAUUUCGAUCCAAACCGUCCUCAAUUUCCUCUAAUUUACUACUCAAAUAAAGAUAGUAAGCCUCGACAGCCUGUCCAAAAUGAUAAAUCUUUUGUCAAGGAUUUCGAUCCAAACCGUCCUCAAUUCCCUCUUAUAUACUACUCGAAAAAAGAUAGCCAAUCUGAGGAGCCUAUAGAAACUGAUAAAUCUUUUGUCAAAGAUUUCGACCCAAACCGUCCUCAAUUCCCUCUAAUAUACUACUCGAAAAAAGAUGAUCAAUCUCAGGUGUCUACAGAAAAUGAUAAAUCUUUUGUGAAAAAUUUCGACCCAAACCGUCAUCAAAUCCCCUUGAUAUAUUAUGCGAAUAAAGAUGGUCAGUCUCAGGAGCAUGUUGAAAAUGAUAAGUCUUUUGUGAAGGAUUUCGACCCAAACCGUCCUCAAUUCCCCCUGAUAUAUUACUCGAAAAAAGAUGAUCAGUCUCAAGAAUCCGCAAAAACUGAUAAAUCUUUUGUUGAAGAUUCUAAAUCGAUGCUGUCAGAGGUUGAGAAAGCUUUUGUUAAAGUUGUUAACAUAUAGAUUAAGCAAU